AGGAAUAACUUCCGGGUGACCCGAAACGGAAGUGAGAGGCCACUUCCGGCCCCGGGAAGCAGUGGAGAAGAUGCUGUGGCGGGCUGCGUGGAGAGCGGUGACCAGGGUCCCGGGCCCCUCCCUUCCGCGUCGGGGACUGCGCCUGCGCGGUCUAGACCAGACACCCCACACACCUGGCUUCUCAGAUGUGGUUCCUCCAAAGGAGGAGGCAGUACUUCGGCCUCUCUACAUGGAUGUGCAAGCCACUACUCCCCUGGAUCCUCGAGUGUUGGAUGCCAUGCUUCCCUAUCUGGUCAACUACUAUGGGAACCCACACUCCCGGACUCAUUCCUAUGGCUGGGAGAGUGAGGCCGCCAUGGAACAUGCACGACAGCAAGUAGCGUCACUGAUUGGAUCCGACCCCCGGGAGAUUGUCUUCACUAGUGGAGCCACUGAAUCGAACAAUUUAGCAAUUAAGGGGGUGGCCAGGUUCUACAAGUUACGGAAAAAGCAUGUGAUCACCACACAAACAGAGCACAAAUGUGUGCUGGAUUCAUGUCGUUCUCUGGAAGCUGAGGGCUUUCGGGUCACUUAUCUCCCAGUGCAGAAGAGUGGAAUCAUUGAUCUGAAGGAACUGGAGGCAGCAAUCCAGCCAGACACAAGCCUUGUAUCUAUCAUGACUGUGAACAAUGAGAUUGGAGUGAAGCAACCUAUUGAAGACAUUGGACGGAUUUGCAGUUCCCGAAAAGUGUAUUUCCAUACAGAUGCAGCCCAGGCAGUUGGAAAAAUCCCACUCAAUGUGAAUGACAUGAAAAUUGAUCUCAUGAGCAUCAGUGGUCAUAAGCUUUAUGGCCCAAAAGGAAUUGGUGCACUCUACAUCCGCCGUCGGCCCCGAGUACGGGUGGAGGCUUUACAAAGUGGUGGAGGCCAGGAGCGGGGCAUGCGCUCUGGAACAGUGCCCACACCUUUAGUGGUUGGGCUGGGGGCUGCCUGUGAAGUGUCACAAGAAGAGAUGGAGAAUGACCAUAAGAGGAUCUCCCUGCUAGCAGACAGAUUGAUAGAAAAGAUAAUGAGCAACCUUCCUGAUGUGGUGAUGAAUGGGGACCCACAGCAACACUAUCCAGGUUGCAUCAACUUGUCUUUUGCCUAUGUAGAAGGAGAGAGUCUGCUGAUGGCACUCAAGGAUGUGGCUUUGUCUUCGGGCAGCGCCUGUACCUCUGCAUCCCUGGAACCGUCAUAUGUGCUUAGAGCCAUUGGCACAGAUGAAGACCUGGCCCACUCCUCUGUCAGGUUUGGCAUUGGUCGUUUCACCACAGAGGAAGAAGUAGACUAUACAGCUGAAAAGUGCAUCUAUCAUGUUAAAAGGCUACGAGAAAUGAGUCCACUGUGGGAAAUGGUACAAGAUGGAAUUGAUCUGAAAACCAUCAAGUGGACUCAGCACUAGACUGGGCGUCUGAUUGUAUACUUUUCCCUUCUUCCCACCUCACUUGCCUGAGAACCAGCAGGCAGCUGGGUCCCUUUUGUCACAAAACCACCAUAGCCUGGGUGAAGAUUCUACCUUUUUACUACAUUGACUAUAAUCCAGUGGACCUGAGUAUCCCACUGUUUCUAGGACAUAGACAAAACAGAACUCUCUGCUCCUGGAUUCAGCUCCUUCAUGCUGUCCAGAAAGUCUCUUUUUCCUCAGGACUUCAGAAGGUGGGCCUCCACAUCCUAAACCAACAAGAACACUUGGAUAGGAGUAAUAAUGCUGCUUAUACUCUGUGUCAGGUUAGACCUGGAGAAAGGAAGGAAGAGCUCAUAUUUCCAUGUCCCUUCUGAUCUGCACUGGCCAAGUUUGAUGUCAUUUCUGCUGCUCCGUUGUUCUGGUUUCUUCACAAGCUAAUGUGGUCAACUUAGAUUUCUGUGUAUGGCAAUCAAAGACAACCCUCCUAUAUUGGCUAUGGACCUAGUUUCUGAAAAGGUACUCGCUCUGCCUGUUGCUACCUUUUUCCCUUUAUUCAUCACACAUAGCUGUAAAAAUAUCUAUUACCCAGUAUUAGGCUAAUUUGUAUUUCCUUAUAUGAAACCUGUAAUUGACAAAUUAAAGAAAUAAGCCCUCCUA